GUUUGCAGGGCUGGCGAACCGGGCUCUGGAGCGCCGCAGGCUGGCACAGCCUAGGUUAGUGGCUGAGAGCUGAGCCUUAGGCGGCUGCAGCGAUAGCAGCCGGUGCCGGAUGCUCGCCGCCGUUUCUUCGCUUCUCCCCGGCUUGUGUUCGGCUUGCGCAGUGCCCACCCGCCCUGGUCCAGGAGGGACCCGGGCGAUGCUAAUAAUGAGAAGUGCAGCAUCUCAGCCUCAGGGCUUCAGGGGAGAAAGCGGAGCUCUUGCAGGUGAAGCCGCGGUCCCUUCGCGGUCUUCCCGUGGCCGCCUGCGCAUCGAACCCUUGCCAGAUUCCGCCACGCAUCUUUCUCCAGCGCUGCCGAUGCUGGGUGCUCUGGAGAGUGGGGACCACAGCGGGGAGGGCGCUACCCGAACACCGAGGAUGGAUGCCCGCACCUGGCGUCUGGGCUGGCGCUGUCUCCUUCUCCUGGCUCUCCUUGGAUCUACCCGAAGCGAGGGCGUGGAGAGCUGCGAAGAAGUUCGGAAACUUUUCCAGUGGCGGCUUGGGGGAGCUGUCAAGGGGCUGCCGGAGGCGCCGCGGGCAGGACCUGAUCUUCAGGUUUGCCUAUCCAAAAACCCAACGUGCUGUACCAGGAAGAUGGAGGAGAGGUACCAGAUUGCAGCUCGGCAAGAUUUGCAGCAGGUGCUUCAGACAUCCAGCUCAACAUUAAAGUUGCUAAUAUCCCGAAAUGCAGCUGCUUUUCAAGAGACCCUGGAAACCCUCAUCAGACAAGCAGAGAAUUACACCAGUAUCCUUUUCUGCAACACCUACCGGAACAUGGCCUUGGAGGCUGCUGCUUCCAUUCAGGAAUUUUUCACGGAUGUUGGACUCUAUUUAUUUGGUGCGGAUGUUAAUCCCGAGGAAUUUGUAAACAGAUUCUUUGACAGUCUUUUUCCUCUGGUCUACAACCAUCUUAUAAACCCUGGUGUGACUGACAGUUCUCUGCAAUACUCAGAAUGCAUUCGAAUGGCCCGCCAGGAUGUUAGUCCAUUUGGCAACAUUCCUAAAAGAGUCAUGGGGCAGAUGGGGAGGUCGCUGCUGCCCGGCCGCACAUUCCUGCAGGCGCUUAAUCUGGGCAUUGAGGUCAUCAACACCACGGACCACAUACACUUCUCCAAGGAGUGCAGUAGGGCCCUCCUAAAGAUGCAGUACUGUCCUCACUGCCAGAGCCUGAUGCUCAGUAAACCCUGUAUGGGGUACUGUCUCAAUGUCAUCAGGGGCUGCCUGGCCCACAUGACUGAGCUUAAUCCACACUGGCAUGCUUAUAUCCGGUCUCUGGAAGAGUUGUCAGAUGCGAUGCACGGAACCUACGACGUUGAACACGUGCUCCUGAACUUCCACUUGCUUGUUAAUGAUGCCGUGUUGCAGGCUCACCUCAAUGGGCAGAAAUUAUUGGAUCAGGUGAAUACCAUUUGUGGCCAUCCAGUGAGAACACCAACACAGAGCCCACGCUGUACUUUUGACCCAAGCAAAGAGAAACAUGGAAUGAAGAUCUCUGCAAGGAAUGGUGAAGAGACACUUGCCAACAGAAGAAAAGAAUUCAUCAAUAGCCUUAGGCUGCACAGGUCCUUCUAUGGUGGCCUGGCUGACCAGCUUUGUGUUAAUGAAUUGGCUGCCCCUGAAGGAAGGCCCUGCUGGAAUGGGGAGGAAGUAGUCAAAAGCUAUGCUCAGCGUGUGGUUGGGAAUGGAAUCAAAGCCCAGUCUGCAAAUCCUGAAGUCAGAGUCAGAGGGACUGAUCCUGUGAUAAAUCAGAUCAUUGAUAAACUGAAGCAUGUUAUCCAGUUGUUACGGGGUAGAUCACCCAAGCCCAACAAGUGGGAGCUCCUUCAGCCAGGCAGUGGUGGCGGCAUGCUUGAGCAAUCUAGUGGAGAUUGUGAUGAUGAAGAUGGCUGUGGAGGAUCAGGAAGUGGAGAAGUGAAGAGGACCCUGAAGAUCACAAACUGGAUGCCAGACAGCAUGAACUUCAGUGAUGUGAAGCAAGUCCAUCGAGCAGACCGUGGAAGUACUCUGGAUACAACCGGCGCCGGAUGUGCGUCAGGAACUGAGUCUAUGGCACUCCCUCUGCUGGGGACGCUGAUGUUUCUUCCCUGGCUUUGGUAAUGACAUACCUUACUGGAGUCUUGAAUUAUCCCUUAUCUCCUUAUGUCUGGAACAGAAAAACUCUUUUAAAAUAAAUUAGGGAAAGUUGUGUUAUUCUAACUUCUUAGAUGCCAACUGGAAUGUUCACACAGUACCUAUCAGUCAAGAUUCUGAUAGUCUCUUUCAAACUAUGUCUUCUUGGCAUCUAACUUAAAUCUUCUUAAAUUCUAACAUUAAAUCUAAACUGUGAAAACUCAGAAGUGACUAUUAGUAAGAAGGCUUUGGUGUAUCUGUAAUUCUAUAGUCUGCUUAAUCAAACCCUUUCCUUUUAACAUUGUGAAUGUUGACAUUUGAGGGUGUGUUUGUCAAGCACAGAACACAAUAAGUAGUAUUUCUUAAAGAACUGGGAAUAAAAAUAACAUUAAGUCAAAGCACACAAAGGCAAGUAUUAUGCAUGCAUUUUAGGGGAUUCUUUCAUUUUUGCAAGUUAAAUAAAAAGUUACUACAAGUCUGUGAGAUAUAGAGUAGAUUAGCAGGGCGAUUUCACAUAAAUUUAAUGAAGGAGCUUCAUAAUGUUCUACACUAAACCUCCUCUACUGAGCUUAGUAACUUAGGGAUGUCCAUGUGAUGUUCCUUUACAUUUGAAAUGCACUGUAGUAUUAUGGCUCUGUUCCUCUUUUGUGUUUACCUAAAACAACUAGCUAUGUCAGAAAGCACACUUGUUAACUCCAAUAAAGUUGUUGAUUAUUUGAUGAGAAAUGUCAAAG